AUGGCAACUAAGUACUGGCAACAAUAUCCUAUUGUCAUCAGAGCAUCAAAACCUUUGAACACAAACUCAAAAAAGGUAUUCAGAUUCUCUGGACUAGGACUUGUGACAAAUAUAUUAGAAUAUCCAAAAGCGACAGCUGCAGAUACAGCUAGACCUAAUGCUGCUGAUUUCCCUCUACCUCUUGCAGCUGUCAAUGAUACUGUGGACCUUAAGGUCUUUUCUGAAAUGCCCUCAACAAACUUUAACAAUGCCUUAGCCUGGUCUAAGAAAUAUCUUGUAUAUUUUCCACAGGAGUUACCUGCAGGUUGUGUGAUGAUAUUGGCAACACAUAUAGUUGAUCAUCUACAACCAAGCAUCUUUUGCAAGAUGCUAGUGAAAAUGCCCCGAACAAUUAUGUCUACAAAGAGGGAUAGGAAGAGAAAGACGUGGAGCUCCGAUCAGAUGACAAGGGCAGUUGAAGCUGUACGCACUAAGUCUAUGGGUUUUACAAAGGCAGUUGAAAGUUUUGGUGUGCCAAAAACUACUCUAAGAAGGCUCGUCCAUAAUACUGAGUUGUUGCCAGAGCUAGUUGUACAGAAGCCCUUAGGUCGAGCAUGGUUGGAUCAUUUUCUUAAAAGAUACAAACUUCAGUUGUCUCUCAGAAAACCUACGGGAACCUCUUAUGCACGAGUUCAAGGUUUUAAUCCAGCAGCAAUAAAUAAGUUUUUUGAUAUUUUGGAAGCCGAAUACAUAAAAUGCCAAUACCCCGCAGAUCGCAUCUACAAUGUAGAUGAAACAGGCAUCACCAUUGUACAAACAAAAAUACCAGCAGUAGUGGGUCGAAAGGGCAAAAGGCAGAUCGGAGCUUUAACUGCUGCAGAACGCGGUUCGUUGAUAACCAUAGUUAGUGCAAUGAGCGCUGGAGGCACUUUCAUACCGCCAAUGAUGAUAUUCCCCAAGAAGAAUUUUUCAGAUGUUUUAAUGAAAGGAGCUCCCCCUGGUGCGCUUGGAAGGGUACAUUCUUCGGGAUGGAUUCAAACCAAUUUAUUUACUGCAUGGUUUGAGCAUUUUUUAGAAAAAACCCACCCAACAGAAAACUCUCCCAUACUUCUUAUACUCGAUGGACAUUACCUGGGCCCUCAACAAUCAAUGAUCAUGUAG